ACAUGAUUACUAUUCUUUAAUAAAGGGGAAUAAGCGAAAGAAGAAUAAAUAGUCACUCCAAGAAUUUAAAGUUCAGAAGGGGGCAAAAUAAGAGCAUACAAAAUUUUUUUUUGCGUCAUCAGUUUCUUUUCUUUCUUGUUACGUCGACAUCCUCUUUUUCGUCAUCAAAACUUAAAGGAAGAUAAAGAGAGAAAGCAUAUUUUACAUUUAUAAAAAGAACCAGAAGACUUUAUUUUAUACAAAACAAACAAAAGCAACGUCAUUAUCUUUGUUUAAAAAUGGCAGACUCAGUUAUUGAAGAUACCUAUUCCAACAGUGAAAAUAAACAGGAUCUUAAACGUCCUGCUGAAGAGCCAAUACAGAAAGAGGCUAAAAUAGCUAAACUGAAUGACGAUAAUACAAGUGAUACAACAACAAAUGAAGAAAAUAAAAAAGAGGAUACAUCAGACAAUGUCCGAGAGAGUUCAGAAGCGGCUUCGGUGAAUGAAGAAAGUCAAAGCAACCCCAAUGCAACUAUGGGAGAUUCUAUAAAUAACAAUAAAUCGAGUGACACAAAUGAUGAGAAGAUGAUGAAUCAUGCUGGUCAAUCAAAGGGAGAAGAACAACAUGGUGAUCAACAAUUAUCAUCAGAACCGACGCCGCAGCUGCAAGAGCAGCAGGCUAAGGAAUCACAGGAGAAGCAACCAGAGUCGCUGCCAGCUGCAGAACAAGAUGGAACACAAGUGCAGACCAAUCCAUCACAGCAGCCACAUCCACAUUCUCAUCCUCAUCCACAUGCCAUUUUAAAUAUUACUAAUACACCACCUGUGCCUCCGGGCAUGCAUCUGUUGAAUGAAUCUCAACAACAUCAGAUCAUACAGCAAUAUGUUCAUGCACAGGGACACGAUCUUGCCAACUUUACAGCAGCUUCUUUAGCUCAAGCGAUGGUAGCCCCUAUUGCUGUUCCUGCACUUGCAUCCAAUCUUCUUCAGUUUCAAAAUGGUGCCGUGAUUACUGCACUCCCAGGACCUCCUUCUCAACUUCCUCCACCUGCAGCCAUACCCCAUCCAAUGCCAGAAGACGCUCAGGGUAGCAAGAGACAAAGUACAAGAAAUAUGACCAAUGAUGAACGCCGACAGAGAAGGUUGCUAAGGAAUAGACAAGCAGCUAAAGAAUGUCGUAAAAAGAAGAAACAACAUAUUCAUGAUAUGGAAGAAAAGAUCGUUCAACUUGAACAACAGAAUGCUUUACUGCAAAAAGAAGUGGAAGAGCUUAAAAAUAAACUAAAUAUAGCUGCGAUGCAAGGUACCGAAGGAUAUCGAUUGAUGAAGGAAGUUGAAGAGUUGAAUGCAAAACUAAGCAUGGGAAAUAUUCCAAAUACAGCAGCAACGAUGACAACUUCGAGCACGACCGUCGCUCAACCAGUUACUACAGACAAUAGCCCUGCAUCCGUCAACAGUAGUACUAAUACUAACAAGGCUAAUGACACUACUGAUACAGCAAUGUCAUCACAGACUAAAGUGAGUAUAAUCAAAGAAGAAGAGCAAGAUGCGGCCUGUGAAGGACCAAGUGUUACAAAGAGCGAAUUUGAUAAACAAGAAAAUAGCGAGUCCAGUUUAUCAACUGCUCAAGAAGCAACCACAUAAAUAUCAUAUUCCUUCCCUUGCUGUUUCUCUCUUUUUCUAAAUCUUGCUUGCACUACCAAGAAUAAAUACAUUUUAUUGGUUCAUCUGUUCUGUAUGCUUUAAUCUCAGAUAGCAUACGCAAUUAUUUAAAUAAAAAAUUUUUUCC